AUGGAGGGGCCGGGGGUCUGGGGGCGGCGGCUGCUGCUGCUUCUGCUGCUCCUGCUGCUCUGUGUCCCAGGAUCCCAAGCUACAGGUGGGGAGCAGGAGGAGGAGCAGAAGUGUCUAGUGGAAGGAGACAACCUGACUGUGAGCUGCCCUUACAACAUCAUGCAAUACGCCACCAGCCUGAAGGCCUGGCAGCGGGUGGGCAGCCGGGGCUCCCUGGAGACCCUGGUGCGCACGGAGACUAGGAAAGAGGAUCACAACCGGGCCCAGGCUGGGAGGUACCUGCUGGAGGAUUACCCCACCCACGCCAUCCUCAGGGUCACCAUGGCAGAUCUCCGGAGGCAGGACGUGGGGCUGUACCAGUGCGUGAUCUACCUCUCCUCGCAACAAGUGGUUGUCCUGUAUCAUCGGAUUCGCCUGGUACAGUGCCAAGGCCUGUGGAUGCCGGCCACUGUUCUGGCGUGUGGCUUCAUCCUGAACAAGAGUCUGGUGUUCGCAGUCCUAUUGGUCUUCCUCUGCAGAGGCCGGGCAGCCUCCUGAACUGGCCCCCACACCUGGUGAUCCUGGAAAUCACACCCUCUCCCCGCCAGGAGCCAGGGCCCUUCCUU